UCCACAGCAGAGUAUGGGCUGGAAAUAACCAACAAUGGUCCCAUCACAACGGGAGCUCAAGCUACUGUUCGCGCCAGCCUAAGUAUGAAGAAUGACAAUGUCACAUCAAACUUGUAUCACUUUAACUGGGUUUAUGCUCCUCUGAUUCUGAUUGAGAAAUCCGAACAGUGGUUUAACUCCGUGAUUAAUGUGACCGGUGAAUUUCCUGGGACUUUUCCUGUAUCUGUCUGGGUGACUCAUAGGAACUGUUGGUUAUGUCGGCCGGUUGCUAGAAAUGUCACCGUGCUUCAGAUUACAGAAUUUAUCACAGGGAAUCUUACCAUUGCCCAGAUAGAAGACAGUAGAUUUAUCACGCGUGGUUCUAGUUCCUCCACGGGCGCCGUGACCCGGAUUUCUUUCUGUCUUCAUGACCCAAGUCAUUACUUCAAGUCAGCAUCAUUUGUCUACAGCUGGGAUUUUGGAGAUGGAGUUUAUCAGAUUACCAAGGAACCCUUUGUCUACUAUAACUGCUCUACCAUGGGGAAUCGCACAGUGCAUCUGAAAGUCGUAGCUGAGUGGGAGCAAAUUGGAAGCGUCUUGCGUGAAAGAGAAACGAUGCAGAAAACUGGUGAUUUUACCACUGCUCUGGAGCUGUUAGAUGCUGUUAAGAGUAUUAAUGUAGUAGGCUCCAGAGAGACUCACGUAAUGGAAAACUUGAGUUUAUCUCUUCAUAUCAAUGGCACCCCGCCGCUGGCGUUGUGCUGGCUGAUAAAGUCCGAGUGCAUUCCACUUGAUGGUGAAAAAUGCCAUCUGGUGGUGAUUAAUGGCUCCUGCUACAAUCUCAGCCAUACCUUCAGCGAUGCCGGACAGUACUGCCUCAGCGUCAGGGUGCAGAACGGCGUGACGAUGCUGCAGACAUACCGUGAAAUACAAGUGUGGCCGACAGGGAUCCACCCGGCUUUCUUUGUCCUGCUCUGCAUCGCUCUGGUUUCAGUGAUGCUAGGACUGGUGCUGUACACGACCUUUCGAAGUAACACACAACAGAAAGAUCUCGUGGAGGUAGCGGACUUCGACUUUUCUCCACUGUCUGAUAAAAACCUGUCUUCUCAUCCGGAGUCAGGCUGUGGCCAAGUGUGUUGCAGAUCAUGUUUUCUUCGGUCAUCUCAAGAAGCUGCCAGGGAGAGUCAUGAACUUCUACAUUCUUUUUACAAGCCAGUCAAAACGUACACAGUGUGAAGAACACAAUUGCACUUUGGUUGCACUAACUGCCCGGUUUGUCACUUAUGAUGAGUUAAAAGCCCAGUGCUGCAUGAACGCUUUGGUUCUGCCGAUGCAAUGAGGUUAACCACUUUAAGUCCAGCACUUGAGCGUUUCAUUCUCUGAACUUAAAAAAAAGCAAGCCCUGAAACACAGUAAAAGUAGCUUUGUAUUUUUAAAUUAUACGGGUGUAUAGGGUUACAGCUGUAAAUGCAGCAUUUUAUUCUUAUGAAAGAUUGUUUUAUGUGCAGGUUUGCUCAACUCACUACCUCUUGUAAUUUCUCUGUUCCUUCUGCUGUCUGUUUCAAAGAAGAAAAUGCUUAAGACAAACAUACCUCUCUUUCCUAUGCUACAACAAUAUUGCUGUAAAUGGAAGUCACCCA